GACAAACCAUCACUUCUGAGACUGUUGAAAGAGGCUGGAAGCAUGACCCCGUUUUUCGUCGCCAUUUUCUUGCUCAGCCUUACAUCGCUGGCCACCGCUGCCAACUUCACUCAGGUCUUCGAGUGGCCAGAUGGAUUGGACUACGAGUGGCCAUCGGAGGCGAUCAGGGCACAGGCCUUGAAAGACAGAAUUUACAAACCAGAAAAUAUGUCUCCUCGUUACAUGGCUGUCUACGGAUCAAGGAUCUUCCUCAGCCUGGCCAAAGAUAUUGGCAUUCCGGCCGCUCUGGUUUCUCUGCCGACGAGCAGCGCGUCCUCCGCACCCCCGAAGCUCACUCCAUUUCCGUCGUGGGACAUCCAUCUUAAUGAACCGGGACACUGCAACAAGAUUCAACGGGCAAGAGGGCUUCAAGUGGACUCCGUUGGCAGGCUGUGGGUGCUCGAUGCGGGAAGCGAUAGCUGCAAUGCCACACUAUGGAUUUUCAACUUAAACACCAAUGAAACCGACCUAAUUCAUCGGUUUUGUUUUCACGGCUGGAUGCACGACUUGGUUCUCGAAGAAACCCAAAACGGAAUCUUUGCGUACAUCACGCGGUGGAGAAAUCAAUACAUUGUCGUGUUUAGUUUGGAAAGAAAUGCAUCGUGGACUGUGGACACACCAGAAAUUAAUCCAUCUUCAAUCGCCCUUUCCCCUAAGAAGGAAACGAGACAGCUCUACCUUAGCAACUACCACACCAAUGAACUGUAUUCCAUUUCCGUCGCCGCCAUCCGCAACGGAACUCGAACUGCUAAUCCGGAACUAGUUGGAUACUGGACAGCAAUUAGAACUUAUAGCAUGCUGAUUGACAACCAUGGCACCAUGUACGCCGCCUUUUUGUGGAAGAAUUACGUACACUCCUGGAACACAUCCCAGACAUUUGAGGAGCAGCGUGUCUAUCAGGGCGACGGAUUGGAUUUUGUUUGGCCAUUUACUUUUGCGUUGGACCAAAAUGGAACUCUUUGGAUGAUGGUUAUGGAUAUAAUAAAAAGGCCCAUAUACAGGAUUUUGAAAGUAUGCUCCGGUUCGUGUCACGAGAUUGGUACUGCCUAAGGUCGGAAGAGUUCCUUUGCAAGAUUGGAUGGAAGGGCGAAAACUGCGACCAACCCUGGGAUGAGUGCCGCCUAACUUCCAUGCAAAGCUCUACGAACUCGAAAUCGAUUGUAGACUCGCAUAGAGAUUUUAGUUUUGGAAAUUAAAUGUUUUGAACGGUAA